AACAACUCGGGCCGCUGCUUGCUUGUGCUUUUCUAUCAGAUGUAAAAUGGACGAGCGAUCGCAUUGCUGUGCGCUCGCUUACUCUGCGUGUUCGUUAUAAAAUCGAUGUUUAUUUUGACGUGAAAUCGAAUUUUGUAUACGCGAUUGUUCGACUUCUUCGGCGGUCGGUUGCCGAAAAAGAUAAGUGUUGUGCGUGUGUUUUUUAUUUAACGCUAGCGCUCACCUCUUGCUGUGAUUUUGCUGAUAGCUCACUCGACGGUUGGUGCGCGUGAUAAACUGCGUGUUCGGUUUUUAAAAGGCGAAUAAUCGUCUAGUGUGUGUGUUUUACAGUACCACCAUGCUGUGCACUGUGACAUAGUGAACGUUAAAAUUGACCCUGACCUCUGACAAACAUGUCUGGGCGAUCGGAUUGCAGAAAAUUCGCACCUAACAUCUUCAACAAGAGUAAGUGCACUAAUUGCUUCCGACAGAAGGAGGAGCAUAGUGCUGAAGCAUUGGAAUCUAAUAGGGCGAGUCGGAAGAUAUCAAAAUGUGGAUACCUGUUCGUGGCUCCGGGGUGGGACUUCUCCAAUCCGCUCUACAGGACAAAGCGAUGGCAGCGGAGGUGGUUCGUUUUAUAUGACGAUGGCGAGCUCACCUACUCUCUGGACGAACACCCGGACACAGUCCCGCAAGCCAGCAUCGACAUGACCACAGUGCUGGAGGUGAGCGAGGCGGACACCGUGACGGGGCACGCGCACAGCUUGGCCGUCACGGCGCCGGAGCGCGUCACGUUCGUGAAAGGGACCUGCCGGGAGGAGGCGAGGUGGUGGGCGGACGUGCUCAGCGUGUACCCGAGGAGUAAGGGCCGACACAAACGAAAUGCGACAUUUCCUGGCGGUCAAACAGCGAGCCUGCUGCAGUCUUCUACCACAAGAAAUUCUGCUAUUUCAGAGUACUCAGCAGACGCGUCAACACUCCGGGAUGCAGCGGAGGCCCGGCCUCGGUAUUGUGGGGGCACGACCACUUGGCCAGGCCCGAGGGUCCAGCCGCCACAGCCUGAGAUACCCAGCCUGGCUUCACCUACCAAUAUUGACACCAAAGUAUACACGGACCAACCAGUGUCAUCAGCAUCCCCUCCAACCCGGGAUAAGAUCAACGGGGAGGAGAAAGCGCGCUCCCGCAGGAGAGACACCUGGCCUGAACCCACCACCACACCUAGCAAUGAUGAUGCAAGCGUCCGCUCGCCGCUGCUGCAGCAACAGCAUCAGCAGUACGACGAGCAGCUGCGCGACAUAGCCGCGUCGUUGACUCGACCGCGGUCGCGCCGAGCACUGCCACCCACGCUCGAGCGACCUACCCGCCUGCCGCCGCCUGAUCGACUAGCGGCUAGAGGAUCUCCAGAUGGAGGAGCACCAACCGAAGAAGGUUUAACCAGCUCAGCGAGUGAAGGCAGCGAACCGACGGACGCCGUCGAAGCCGCUGAAAGCGCUGAGGGAGUACGAGUGGAGCUACCAGCCGAAAGACUGCUCCACGCAAGAGCUGGCUGGCUCCAACGACGAGGGCCCUCCGGCUGGUCGAGACACUGGUUCGUGUUACGAGGAGCCGCCCUUCUGUACUUCAGAGAUCCUCACGCAGAAAAUAGGGGACUCAUGGAUGGAGUUAUAGACUUGAGCGGUGUGGCCAGAGUUGUCGAGCUGCCAACGUCGACUACUACUAAUGGAUAUGCGUUUGAAACAGAGACUUGGGACGGCAAGCAUAUAGUUCUAUCAGCUGUGACAGCAGGAAUCCGAGGCAAUUGGGUAUCUGCUAUACGACGAACGGCUGGCCUGCCGGAUACUGGACCGCUAUCACUUAUAUUACGUGAAGAUACGGUCGAUCAGGCGUCAGAGUCAUCCACCUCACCCAUUACUCCAGUUACACCAAAUGCUUUAAAAUCAGCACCUUUCUCAUCUGAUGAAGAAUACAGAACGGCUUCAGAAGGUGGGCGCAGAGACAGCGCAGACUGGGGCGACGUCGCCCCGCAACCACCGCCCUCACCUAUCCUCAGUCGUACUCCUAUCUCGAAAGUUAAAGAAAAAGUUCGCGCUAGGGGAUGUCACACCGCACCCCUCAAAAGUGAUAACAGAUGUGAGAGGGAUGAAAUUGACGCUACCAAAGAAAACGAACGCCCGACAGAUAAUAUAGUGGAGGAUAACGAGAAACCAAAUGAACCAAGAAAACGUAGCUAUAUUUCGACGAUAGAUAAACAAUCUAUCGAAAUCGACGAUCUGCGAAAGCAGUUGAAACUAGCGCUAAGCGACGUCAACGCCGCCGAAUCUGAAUUAGCGCGAUUGAGGAAGCUAAAAUCUGAGGCGACGUUGAGAGAGAAAAAGAUGGAAGAUCUGGUUAUAACACUACAGAAAAAGGAAGAAGAACUAUCGGCGAGAACGAAAGAGGCUGAAAAUUUAGAUGCUAUCAAGCAGCUGUAUAAUCAAGAUAAAAACAUGUGGGAGACAAAAUUAACGGAAACUCAAAACUUUUUAAAAGAGUCAACGGAGCACUGUGAACUUUUAACAAGGCAACUUACAUCUGCCCAAGAAAAUGUUAAACAGCUUCAAAGAGAAUUGAGUGAAUUAAAUGAUAAAUUAAUGAAGAGCGUCAAAGAAAACGAUACUUUGUAUGCAAGAAUUCGAGAACUUGAAAGCAAAGUUAUUGCUGAAUCUCCAACGAAGGAGAAAAGAAAAAGCGUUGGUUCACUGAGUGAAUUGAGUAACAUAAACGAAAAUUUAAAUUUAGAGUCCUUAGAGAAGAACAGACUGAUCGAAGAAUAUGUAGAAUUACGAAGUAGGUUUAUAAAGGCGAUACAAGAAAUAAAAACGAUGAAGAAAGAACUUCGUGAAUCGCAUAAUAUGUACGAUGAACUAGAAAUUACAAAUAUGAAAUUAAUAAAUGAAAUGAAAUUAAGAGAACAAUGCAGUAGGUCUGAGAUUGACUUAAUGGCUGCUAGAAUUUUGGAUUUGACGCAGAAAUUAACCGCAUCGGACAAGCAAGUGCGUACAUUAAAACAUAAAAUACAAAAGACUGAGUCUAGGGAAAAAAGACGCAGCUUAUCGUUAAAGGGAAGAGAAUCGUUUACAUUAGGUAAAGAAGUAGAGGAAAAACUUACCGAACUUGAAAAUAAAAUAACUCUCUUGGAGACAGGUGAAACUGUACCAACGAUAAAUUCACCGUCCAAAAGUGCUUCACCUGCCAAAGAAAAAGUAACUAAAACUGAUGGUGUUACAGACGAGAAAAAAAUGAAGCGACUCGCUGCUCGUCUCAGAAGAAAGUCGUUGGAUAGUGCAACUAGUUCUGAACCUAUGAAAAUGCUUGUUAGAUUAAGUUCACUAGAAACCAAAGUAGCUUCUGUUCUUGAAAAUCGUAGAGAUUUAACGAACUCGUGUGAAUCUCUCAGUCAAGCGACAAUAUCAGCUGAAAGCCCUGUGUUUAAUGAAAGUCAAGAGAAUUCAAUAGGUACUCAAUCUCAGCGGCAUCUUCUUGACAGAUUACAAAGUCUCGAAAGUGUCGUGAUACAUUCAAGAAAUAAAGUUAACGAGUGCCUCUGUCAAAUGAGCGCAAUGCGAGCCGCUAAGUCUCGAAGAUCACCGUCACCCAGUCUCGAAAAGAAAUACAGUUUGAAGUCAAUGGAAAAAUGCUUGUCCGACGUCAGUAAAAAACUACAGGAAUGCUUCGACCGGUGUGUGAUAGAUUCUAAUGAACAGAAUGCAAUCGAAGAAGUUGACGACAGCAUAGCGCAGGUCGUCUUGCAAUUAGAAGAACAGCUGAGAACCAAACUUUUGGAAAUAUCGAAGCGAAAGGCGGCACUGUAUGAAGCCGGCGAGCUCACUCAGAGGAAAAGCUUAGAAAUUCUCGCAGAGAAACUGGCCUACGAAGCCGUCGUAGUGGGCAGAAUACAGGAGGCCCUCGAAUCUUCCAACGGUAGCAGAUUCUUCGCUAGAUUAAUUAAGUCUGAAAUAACGGAAACUAGUCAGUUAAUCGAUAAUCUUAAGCGUAAGUUGAACGGAGAGAGCGGGAAGGUUUUCGACGCGACGAAGAGCUCCCUCGACUAUCUCGCAAAGAUACUGUCUCGAAAGAUAGACGUCAUGAACGGAGCGCGGAGCGACGACAACAGGCGAUCGCAGCUCAUCGUUCACGGCGCAGACCUCGAAGCGUUGAAGGCGUCACAAACGGAGGUCGCCGAGGCCGUCGAAAAGUACAAAACGGAGAAACUGAUCGAGCUGUGUUCCGCGCUCGCCUGCGAGACGCUGGCCGUCGCGUCCCCCGGCGACGGCGACUUCGAGCAGCAUCGCGCCAACACCGAGGCGGCGCGCGUGCGCGAGGCGUGGGCGGCCGCGCGCGACGCGCUCGGCGCCGAGCUCGUGCAGGCCGAGGUGGCGCGCGCGCUGGCCCGCGCCGCGCAGCUGUGCGAGCGCCGCCUCGACCGCUCGCGCGCCGCGCGCCUCACGCUCAGCGCGCAGGACCGCGCCGACCUCGAGCUGUGGUGGCAGGCGGCGCACGACCACCUGCGCUGCGAGAUGGACGCCGCCGUGCGCGACAUCGCCGCGCGCUACCGCGAGUGCCUCGCCGCCGGCCGCCGCGAGGGCUCGCCCGGGCUCGACAGCCGCGCGCUGCUGCAGCAGCUGGCCGACGUGCUCGCGCAGAAGGCGCUCGUGGACGCUCGCGUGGCCGUCGUCGAGGGCACGUACCGCGCCGCCGAGCCGCGCGCCGCCGCGCCGCGCGACGCGGACGCCGUCUCCUCGCUGGAAGCCGACCCCGCCGCCGAGGCGGAGUUCGUCUACCUCUUCCAGCGCUUCUCGAACGAGUGCCGAGCGCUCUUCUCCAGUGACUGUUCAGGCAACAGUGAAGACUCGACGAAGAUCGGCGAGAGUCUCGAGCGGGUGGAGGCGGCGGUGGCGGAGGUGCAGCGGCGGCUCGCGGGCGAGGCGGGCGAGGCGGGCGAGGCGAGCGAGGCGGAGGAGGGCGGCGCGCGGGCGGCGGAGCCGGUGGAGCGCAUCGAGGCGCUGCGGCGGCGCGUGGAGGCGCUGCAGGCGCUGGCGCCGUGCCCGCACUGCCGGCGCCUGCAGGACGCGCUGGACCGGCUGACGGCGGAGCGCGCGCGCGGCGAGUGCGCGCUGGCGCAGCAGGCGGGCGCGCUGGCGGCGGCGCGGCGCGCGCGCGCGCAGCUGCAGGCGCAGCACGAGCGCGAGCGCGCGGCGCUGCGGGAGCGCGCGCGCACGCUGCAGCGCCGCCUCGCCGCGCUCGACUCCGAGUACUCGGCGCAGCUGGAGAGCUUGCGCGCCGCUUAUCAGAGCGCGGUGUCGGCGGACACGCACGGCGACGGGCUGCGCGCGCGCUACCAGCAGGAGAUCGAGCAGCUGCGCGCGCUCUGCGAGAAGGGGCUCAUGGCCAUGGAGAGCUCGCACCGCCGCAUCGUGCGCGAGAUGGAGGACAAGCACCGCGCCGAGCGGGAGCAGCUCAGGUUGGAGAAGGAACAGGCGCUGGCAGAGGAGACGCGCGCCACGCUGGCGGCGCUGGACGCCAUGCGCAAGGCGCACGAGAGCGAGGUGCGGCGCGAGGUGGACAAGUUCAAGCAGGACUUCCUCGCGCGCGGCUCCAGCGACCUCUCGCAGAUCAGCUCCAGGCACCAACAAGAGAUGGAGGAGAUAAAGCGCGAGAUCCUGUCCCUCUCGGAGAAGUACUCCGUAAAGUGCGUGGAGAGCGCCGCGCUGGAGGAGCGCCUGGCCGCCGCCACCGCGCAGCUCGCGCACGCGCACAACCACAUCAUGCAGCUGGACAGCAGGAACAAACAGCUCCGAGCCCAUCUCAUAUCCGAGGCGAACGAUCUGAAAGCGGCCGAAGCGUCCGCUCUGAAGCAACUCAUCGAGGACACUGCGCCGACUCGGUCGGCCCGCUCGAGUCCGCAGGAGGCGCGGGCGAGCCGCGGCAAGAUGCAGUACGCCAAGACGGAGACCAGAAACCUGCAGCUCCCUCCCGUGCAGAAUUAAAAUCGAAACAGCGGUGUUCUGACGACAGGCGAGUGUCCUCUCUCGUGGGGAUGGUCGCCGAGAGAAAGAAGCGGUUCGAGAUGUAGCCCCAUGUUGUGUUUCAUUCGAACCAAACUGCGGUAUCACAACAAUUAUGUUAGACGCCUCUCCCACCACGCUAGCACCUGGCCACUUUGCUUAACGACACUUUAUAUCUAGUGAAGUAAUCGACCCAAUAUACGACCCAUAUUGUUACAAAUAUAUUCGUAGUUGUAGCUUCUUCGAUAAAAUAUUAUUUAAUACAUUAUGAUUAGCGUUCACAAAGCUGGUGUGGACUAAACCAAAUAAGCUUCUAAAGUGGCCAGAUCACUCCCACCCACCACAAUGUAUAUAUUGUUUGAUUGUUUUUAUAAUUUAAUAUGACUGUAUAUUCACCUCUUGUUGGCUACGAUCGUGGACGUAGCGUGUACGUGUCGUGUUCAUGAUAGUUUUAGCGUUCGGUUAGUGAUGUUUUCUUGUAAAAUUUUUGUAACAUGUGUAAAUACUACUACUGUCUCUAUAAUUCGUCCCUUAGUGCACAGUCCCGUAUCUUUUAAGGAGUUUGUUACCAAAUAUUUUCUUAUUUAUGAGUUUUAUGACACUUGUUUAGUUUUCGGCGGCUCGGUGACUCGCUCAUAUGCUUAUGUAUUAAAAUUAUUAACCGCGGGUCGCCGGGUUUCCUUUAGAUUUAGCUCUGUUUAUCUUUUUGUAGAUUUAUCAAAUAGAUUUACAUAUAUUAUGUAUUCGGAUGUGGGAGAUAUUAUGUAUUCGUUUUUUUGGAAAGUUAAGAAUGUAGAUUAGUGGCUGUUAUAAAAUAUAUGCGGCUCUUGAUGGAAAAUUUUUUAAGACGCAGUAGUCGCGCCGAUUACUGGACAUUUAUUAAAAAGUUUGACCAACGGUACUAAUUCGUAUUGCUUAAGUUCCUUAAAUUGACUUAUUUCAAAGGAAUAUUAAGAGAAUAAAUUUAUACUUUUUUAAGUAUUCAUAUUAACGUAUACACUUAAUUUGUUACUUCAUGUAGAACCUAAAAUACCUAUUAAUAAAAAUUUAUAUUAUUAUAACAGCCAAAAAGAGGCAUAUUAUAUAGUGAACUCCCGUGUUUCCCCGUCGCGUGUUACCAUUCCCCUGGGCAUUGUCUUCCACCACCUCGUUGUGUACAGAGUCACCGGUAUGCCUUACGGACGGUUAAGCUGCGUUAUCGAUUGCUCAAUUAUUGUAUCUAGUUGUGAAGCAGUAACCAAACGACUCGCUGCGCCCGCGCAGCUUAAACAGGCGCAAAUGUGACGAAACAUUUAAUUAUUUUUAUAAGUAUAUCUUAUAUCUUAUGUACAGAACGUACAGAACAAAAAUUUUGCAGUCACUUUUGCGCCUAAGUUAAGAAAAUAUAUAUGUUAUUAUCUCCCCUUAUGUCUUAGUUGACCUUGUAAAGUGUUGGUUUAUAUAACAAAGAUUUUUAAAUAAAACUACUUAAUACAAA